UUUAUAAUUUCUUUUCUAUUUCCGGUUACUGGAUCAACAUGACGAAGGGAACAUCCAGUUUUGGUAAAAGGAUCAAUAAGACCCACACACAUGAUAGAAGAACCGGAAGGCGUAAUUACCAUAUACAAAAGAAAACAACUCCUAGUCAUUAUAAUUGGAGUGUAAAGGCAAAGAGGAGGCACACAACAGGAACAGGUCGUAUGAGGCAUAUGAAAAAAGUUUUCAGAAGAUUCAGAAAUGGAUUCCGUGAAGGAACAACACCCAAGCCAAAAAGAAGGUCGGCUGCAGCACCUUCAGCUGUUGCCACAAAAUAGACAAUAAAGUUCCUGUAAUUAA